GGUCAAAUGAUAAGAGUAAAAGCAAGGUUUCUAUGUCAUAUAGUGGCGCUUUUUGUGGUUAUGGGUAUAUUUUAUAAUCACUUGUUAGUGAUGGGUUACAGUGAGAUUUGCCCCAAUGAAACGGAUGCAGAGAUCGAAUCUUGGUGCAAAAAGACAUUUCAAAAAACUGGAAAUGUUACAUUAGCAAAACGUACAGAUCCUGAUAAGAUUACAUGCCUAUGCAAUAACAUUUCUUCCAUAAACGUUUCCAUAAAAGCUAGCGUCCCGAACGAUAUUACUUUGCUUGGUCAAGCUGGGAACUUAAACGCCAAAGCGACGUGUGUUUGGUCUGGCGUCUUUGAGGAUAUGCCAGAGGGCAACUACUGCACUAGUAUGACGGGUGUGAACCCUCAUGGAUGUAACGAAAUGGACACUAGCAUCUGUUUUUCGAACACCUGUAUUAGCAAAGGUGAUGAUUAUAACAUGACUUGUAAUACAUGUGAUGGACGCGUGUUCAGCAUCGUAAAGGAGAAUAAAGCAAUAAAAAGAACCUAUAGCCCGCCAAUCAAUUGCAACCCGAGUGUGAAUUGUAGCUCACACGGAUGCUGCAAUACACAGGUAGAUUCCACAAUACAAGGCCCUUGCAAAUGCUAUAGGGAUCCCGAACACGGGUACUGGGACGGAGUAGCCUGUUCCGAUUGCUUGAAAGGUUACAAAAGCAUAAAUGGAAACCUCUGCACCACCCCGUCUCCGUCGAUUCAGGUCAUUUUGUCGUCAAUUGCCACCCCGAUGACUAUGGUACUGCCGAAUCUGACCGUUCUGGUGAUUUUUGCAAUUAUCGGACUCGUUCGCCGAUUAUGGGACACCGACACUCCGUUCAGGGCUACUACUCUACGUCGCGCCAACCUUUCCACUGUACAGAGCGCUCGGCGAGGUGAAGCGGGUAUGUUCCGCCCUAAACAGAUUCCCCCAAGACCGGGAGAAAUCCAAGACUUCAUGAGUGAUUCGCUGGCGUCAGGGACAAACGAGGGGAUGUCAGUGUGGUAAGCCAAUGUAAGAGUGCUGUAGAAGUUUA